GUUGGCCUCUACCAUCAAACUUUCGCCUGCUCGCCGCCUCCCAUCUGCUAGACAUGCCCGACGCCUCUUCUAGUUCCACUCCAAAUGGGGAGCGUUUGCCUCCUGGCAUGGUCAUCGGCCCUGACGGCAAGCCAUGCAAGAUUUGCACAGCGUUUCGCAACUGGAGACCCCGCGCGCAGAACACCGACGCGCACCCCCGCAGCCAGAUGGGGAGGAAGAACACUGCUACAAUGAUGGCCGCAUUCGCGUCUGGGCAAGGAUUCGCCUCCCAACCCGAUCCUGACGUCCGCCCAGCCCAUUGCCCGCCCGACGUCGAGGAGCUCGGUCGCGCGACGUGGACAUUCCUGCAUAGUACGGCCGCAUACUAUCCCGAACGUCCCACGCCAUUCCAACGUGCGAACAUGCUUAACCUUCUGCACGCUCUGCCUGUGCUGUAUCCGUGCACGACCUGCGCUUGGCAUUUGGGCGAGAACAUGAAGGAUCACCCACCAGAUGUCAGCGGGAGAGUCCCGCUGAGCAGAUGGCUGUGCGAGAGGCAUAAUGACGUGAAUGAGCGGCUGGGGAAACCAAAGUUUAACUGCUCUAUUCGGAACUUAGAUGAACGGUGGAAGGAUGGGCCAGCUGACGGCAGUUGUGAUUAACUGGUCUCCCGGCCGGACACUACCUAAGAUGCGAUCCGUGCUAUUUGAGAAACAAUGGCGUAAGUGCUCUAGAUGAUGCGAAUGGUGUGCCACUUUCUAUCGUCUCAGCUGCAAUAUCUGAUAUUAUUCAUCAUGUCAAAGUUGUUUUGGAAUAGUUUGAUGCCUGUAUCCCGUAUAGAAAGCUG